AUGACUGCAAUCUGGCAAGCGAAGGAAUCAUGGAAGGCUCUCGUGCUCGCGUCUGCCGCUCUUGGCCUGACGCUUUACUAUCUACAUGCACAGCAAACACCGACUUCGAAAUCUGCGAAUACUUCUCAGGUGCAUACAGAACAGUGCCAAGACAACGAAGCGAUUCACGUACCAGACGCCAUGGAUCCGGAGGAGAGAGCGUAUCAUGAAGGCUUCAUGCGAGAGGCUAUCGCUAUGGCUGAACUUGCACUGAAGAGUGAUGAGACGCCCGUUGGCUGUGUCUUUGUCAAAGAUGGCGAGGUCAUUGGACGAGGCAUGAACGAGACAAACCGAACUCUGAACGGUACCAGACACGCAGAGUUCGUCGCCAUCGCUGGCAUCUUGUCAAAGCACCCCAUCAGCAUCCUCAACGAGACGGACCUCUAUGUCACUGUCGAGCCAUGCGUCAUGUGUGCAUCCAUGCUGCGUCAGUACGGCAUUCGAGCAGUCUACUUCGGAUGCUGGAACGAGCGGUUCGGCGGUACCGGAGGAGUGCUGAAUAUCCACUCUGACCCCAGCGUUGACAAGCCCUAUCCAGUCACCGGCGGCAUCUUCCGAGAGGAAGCAAUCAUGCUGCUUCGGAAGUUCUAUGUCCAGGAGAACGAGAAGGCCCCCGAACCUAAGCAGAAGAAGACGAGGGAGCUCAAGACGGAGAUCCUACCCAUGGACGUCCACCAGCCCAAGUCAACGCCAUCCCCUGCUAUCCGUACCCCAGUCAAUGCGACCUCGACUGGAUCCAUCCCAACACUGUCUUCUCUAGCUACAUCUGCUGCUGCUGCAGCUGUCGCAGUCCCCAAGACUGUGUUUCCCCCACCUGCCCAAUCUCGUCCUACUUCUGCUAGCACAGCUCUCGCCUAA